AUGGCUACUUCCCUCCAAACCCUAAUUUCUCUUCUCUCCGCCACAGCCAUAAUCCUCACCGUGGCAACCGCGAAGCGUCCGCCCCCCAAAGAGACGGUCUCCUUCUCGUACGAUUUCCACGGUGUCCAACCAUCUGGCGUGACCUUACAAGGCGACGCCAAUUUCCCAUCCCAAGACUCUUACCUCCGCUUAACCAAAACCGACUAUUCCGGCAACGCAGUGGAACUCAGUGUCGGCCGAGUCUUGUACACCAAGCCAGUCCCAUUUUGGGGGAGACGCGGGAAAGCCAGCUUCGAAUCCACCGUGAAAUUCAUCAUCACACCCAACACCAACUACGAGUACCCACCGGCCGACGGCCUAGUCUUCUUCAUCACGGCCCCCAACUCCACCGUCAACGAGCCCGGUGGCAGCUUCGGAGUCUUUGAUCAAUCCGGCAAAAACCCCUUGGUUUUCGCAGUGGAAUUCGACAUCUUCAUCAAUGAAGAUUUCGAUCCAAACUAUCGCCACGUGGGGAUCGACAUCCAGUCUCAGGUAUCCAGCAACACUACCGCGGUCGACGACGCGAUCGUCGGUCAGGCGGUGACUGCCACCAUCAACUACGAUGCAGCCACCAAUUUGAUUAGCGUUCGUGGCAGCGCCGGUGGAAAGGCUUUUGAGGUGAGCUAUGUGUAUGAUUUGAGCUCGUUUCUUCCUGAGCAGGUUCAGGUCGGAAUCUCCGGCGCCACAGGAGGAUUAUCCGCCAUUCACGACCUCAUCUCUUGGUCUUUCACUUCCACCAUGGGGCGCAAGAAGCACAACUGA